GUGCUUACGAGUUACGAGAGAGAUUUUGGAGAAAGAUUAAGAAAUUCGAAAUGGCUUCUCUGUUUCUGAGAAGAGCCGUAUUAAACGCUCAGAGAGUCCUCAAUUCCUCGUCGCCGCCAUCAACCACCAUUCUCCGGCCAGUUUUUGGAUACUAUAAAAUUUCCCCUUUCACUUCCCACACUGAAAAUAACAACAAUACUACUCAUUCUAAUAACUCGCUUAACAUCGAUUUAUCCAACGAAGAAUCUAAAAGAAGCUUAUUCAACAGGUUAUUAUAUAGAAGCAAGCAACGAGGGUUCCUUGAACUCGAUUUGGUUCUCGGAAAAUGGGUAGAGAAUAAUAUUCAUUCAUUGGAUGAAAAUCAAAUUCGAUCUCUCAUUCAUGUUCUCGAUGUGGAGAAUCCAGAUUUAUGGAAAUGGUUAUCUGGGCAGGAGCAACCCCCGGAAUCAAUCAGCGUUAACCCCGUCUUUACUGCAGUGCGGGAAGUAGUUAUGAAGAAUCUUGACAGCCAUUCUUCUCCUGAAACAAGAGCAACACCCGGGCAACCAUGGGUAAGAGGCUGGGAUGAUAUCCAGAAAUUUAAGGGUGGCCCCAGCACUGGAAAUCAGUAGCUUGAGAAUAGAAGAUACUGGCUUUGUAACAAUUAAAUGAAUUCUUGUAUACCAUCUAUGUUCCUAUAAAUAAGGGCCGAGUAACAACAACUUGAAGAUUUGUUUUAGGCUACUGGCUACUAGAAAUCAGUAAAAGAAUAAAACGAGUGAAAAGUAGAAGAUUAUGGCUUUGUUCUGUAUUCAUCUUUUGUAUACCUAUUGUUGGUGGUUACAUCAUAUAUGUUAUAGCUUAAAAUGCCUGAA